AUGAAAGGUCGCAUCGGCUGCGUUUUCCAGGGCGAUCGCUUAUUACCCUGGCGCUCAGCGCUGGAUAACGUGAUGUUGCCGGGUGAAAUAUUGGGCAUGAAAUCCAGCCGUCAUCGCCAGCAAGCGCUGGAGCUGUUACAGCAGUUUGGCCUGCAGGGGUUUGAACAUGCCCGCCCUUCUGAAUUAUCCGGCGGCAUGCGGCAACGUGUGGCAAUCACCCGCGCCUUAAUCAGCGAUCCCGAUAUUUUACUGGCGGAUGAAGCCUUUGGUCAUCUGGAUGAAGCCACCGCCGAAACCCUGCGGCAUGAUUUUAAAAUCAUCGCUAAAGCCGGAAAUAAAACGGUACUGCACGUUACGCAUUCCAUCGAUGAAGCGCUGAGUCUGAGUGACAAAAUGAUUGUAUUGGGCCGUCCCGGCAAAGUGAUCAAUAUCUAUGACAACAGCCGCAAAGAAGAUGCUCAGACGCUGCGACAAAAGAUCUCAGCCGAUCUUCGUAGCGAAGCUUGA